AUGGCUAAGCACAGGAAGGUCUGCGGCAAAAAGAAGCCUCGGAAGUCACGCAAGGCUAUUAACCGUGACUCGUACGUCCGGAGCAAGGACAAAAUCCUUCGCAAGCGUCAGGAAUAUCGUCUAGCCGAUCAGUUUCGACGCCUUUCAGCGGCUCGACGUAAGCUCGCGGAGUUGGAGCCGCAAGAAAUAGAAGUGGAGGCUGUUGAACGGACGGCGUGGACGCCGGUCACCCCGAGCAACAUUCUGUAUGGCGUGAGCAAGGACCCAGAUGUGUUCGCUUACUUUAUUACGGAAUUGCGAAACCGUUGUAAGUCAAGACAUGGUCGUGGCCCCACGAUGUUAUCGCCUAAAGAGCUGUACAGGGCAGCCAUUCUUGAGUUGCAUCCCGACAAACUAACCGCUCUACGAAACAAGUUUGGAGAGCGUUUCGAGGAAGUGGCGACCUACUGGAGCCGGCCCACCAUUUAAUCAUUCGUAACGACCAUCGACGCGCUGGGUUGGCCUACAUGAAGCGGUAUUGAGCCCCCGCACGACGGAAGGUGUGCGAGGUAAACCAGCUGUUGUACCAGUGUUUCGCAACAUAGCCUGAUGUCGACUGGCUUUGCCGAUAUAACGAAUGGUCGAUGCAGUUGAGAAGAUUGAUGAAGCUCUGCUCUCCCAUCUUCUUUCCCCAACCAACGGUCACCUUCUCGCAUCCUGUGGAACCUUUGUCACUUUUAAUAGCUUUCUUGCUCAGACCAACAAGCGCAGGAAAAACGUAGUCUUCAUCAACCCACUUGUGUCCUCUUUUCUCGGUAGCGUAGGCGACCCAAUUUGACAAGUGUUCGUAAGCAUUCAUCGCUGUUUCUUCGCCAGCCAGCUUGUGCAGAUUAUAAGAUCGCCCCUCCGCUACCUCAGUC